AUGGUGCGGAUAAUGUUUUUCUUCUAUUUAGAGAUCAUAGUGGAUCCUUCUGACACAGAGGACUUGACAACAACUAUUCUGAGAAUGAACAAUGGAUCUAGAGAUUUUCUGCUGGAAGGAGACGUAGUGACCAAAACCAGGAAUGCUAUGAAGUGCUUAGAUGCAACAAAUAGCUGCCUGUGGCCGAAGUCUGCUAACGGGAAUGUAGAAAUGCCUUAUCUUUUAAGCGACAGUUAUGAUAACACCGAUAUAAGUGAGAUUCAACGUGCCAUGAAGGGCUUUGAAAGCAACACCUGCAUUCGCUUCAUUCCACGUCAGAGUCAGGAGGCGUACUUAAGCCUUGAACCAACAUAUGGCUGUGCCUCUUUACUGGGUCGUACUGGAGACAUGCAGGUGGUGUCACUGCAGAGGUUCGGCUGCGUAAGUCUCGGCAUUAUUCAGCACGAACUGCUGCACGCGCUGGGUUUCUACCACGAACACACUCGCAGCGACCGUGACCAGUACGUCAAAAUCAACUGGGAUAAUAUCAAUCAAGAGUUUGUCUACGACUUCCAAAAGCAGGACACAAAUAAUCUCAACACUCCGUAUGACUACUCUUCUAUAAUGCACUAUGGAAGAUCUGCCUUCGCAAAGCCUGGAUUGGAUUCUAUAACUCCCAUCCCUGACUCCUCUGUUCCAAUCGGGCAGACAGACGGCAUGUCCAAAAUCGACAUUCUCAGGGUCAACAGGCUCUACCAGUGCUGAAGAUACAUAGCAUACAGGAUUACCUCAGUAUGUUUUCAUUCUUACGUGAUACUUGACAUUCAUG